AUGGAUCAUCUUUUCGAUACUGAUAAUGAUGAUCGGAAUCAUGAUCAAGAAGGUCAAGGAAACGGUUUCCAACAACAAAUACAUCAACUGCUACGUUUAGUAGCAGGCACGCUUCCACAAGCCAUUGAAAAUAACCAAAUACAGGAAACGAACGUGGUGACCAUCCCUACGUUUUCAGGAGGAAAUCAAGACCCAGUAGCAUGGCUUGAAGUGGUGGGCUGUGCUUUCGAGGCUAACAACAUCCAGGGAGAUAGACGAAUUGCAGUUGUAGGAGCAUAUCUUACGGGGAUGGCAGCAAUACGCCAAAAGGUUGAAGAGACAGUUGAUCAAUAUGCAGCGAAAAUGGUGGCCUUGUUUAGGCGAGUAACGGUGGGUGGCAAUCAUUAUCCUGAAGCAAUGAAGGCACAAAUUUUUGUGCAGAGAUUACGACCUGACCUAGCACUGGCACGAACUGACCCUCCUAGAAACAUGACAAUACACAAUCCAACACCUUUUAUGAAUCCAGUAGCCUCUUACCUCCAACAAUCAUCUAACUUAAUAGCUCAACCCACUAUUCCAGACCCUGUCGGAGAACUGAUAAAGAAAUUAACUUUUUUAAUGGAAGAAUUAGUAGUGUCGUUAAAAAAAGUAAUUCCAGAGGAAAUCAACAACAAAAUCGGAAUAAUGCGCCAUUCCGUGGAAAUCGUGCACAGAUUACGUGUUUCGCCUGUAGACAGCUGGGACAUAUUGCCUCUGAAU